UUAUAACGAUUGUAAAUUUAUUUAUCGUCUGAUAAAUAGUCCAUUUAAUAUCGAAUCAGUUUGGUAGUGUUAUUUCUUAUCCAUUGUUGUGAUAUUAACAGUGGAGUAAGAAACUGGGUAUAAUAGUAUUGUGUAUAGAAAAUGUCGGGCGAUGACAAUACUCAAGCCCCUAAUACUCCACAUAUUGCUGUAAUUCGAGAAGUGUAUGACAGCGAAAAUGCCUACGAAGUUUUUGAAUUGGAAUUGGAAAGAGCAUUGGACAUAGGCUAUUAUAUGAUAGUUAUAGAACCAACACGUCUUGGUGAUGAAACUGGUCGCUGGAUUUCUGUUGGAAAUUGUCUUCAUAAAACUGCUGUUUUAUCUGGACUAGGAGUUAUUGGAUUUGGUAUAUUAUGGCCUAAUAGACCCCUUGUGAUAACGCCCUUGGCAGCAAUAUCUUGGUUCUGUACAACUUUAUAUACUGUAUCUUGGCAAUUUGAUCCCUGUUGCUAUUAUCAAGUAGAAAAACAUACAGAAGAAUUAGCAAAACUACCUAUAUUGAAUACUCUGCAAUCAAAUAAUCCUACAAUUCUUGUCAGAAAGAGUAUUAAACGCCGUGUUAUCUUACAUUCAACUGUUACAACAAUUGCAGCUGUAUUCUGUGUUUGGAGGCUGUAUGAUGCCUUUAAAUAAAAUAUUUCAGCCCA